AUGAGCUCGGCCCUGGAUACCGACGCCGAUAGCUCACGCAGCCCGCAACGUCUGACGCUGGAAGAGAAAGUGUGGUUCGACCGACGACGCAAUGACAUUAAGUACUGCUCAAGUGUUGGUGGCGCUCUGGGCGCCGCAGUCGCCACCGCCGUUAUCACGUUUGGCCCAUUCCCGCGACGCGUUCAAUUCUUCGCGAUUGCAGGGGGAGUCGUGAUUGGUGGAGGGGCAGGGUUUCUUUAUGCAGAUAGCAUGGCACUCGAACGAGUGAAAGACUUGAGUGCCAGUAGCAACUUGCGCAAACAAUACCAGCAAAUUGAAAUGGAGAAAAAAGCGACCAAGACUUCCAAGUGA